CGCAAAGUAAGGACCGCUGUGCGUCGUCCAGUGUGUCGUUUGACGUGUGUUGAGGUCCGUAUCGAAGCGAAGCGAAUACUGGCUCGCCCGUUCCUUGUGCCCCGUGGUUUGUUGGUUUGUUUGUCGUCUGGCGUCGGGGCGAUGUCGGCCAACGAGCGUCCGAUCCAGUUGACGUUUCUGACGACCAAGGCGGGGUUCGCGCAGACGUGCCGCAUUGAGGCGGACGAGGGCGAGACGCUGCAGAGCAUCAUCGAGACGAAGCUCAAGACGAUGCUGCUGGUGUGGCAGAUAGCGAUAGACAAGGCGGACGUGAAGCUCUUCAAGAUUAGGGACGGCAGGGACCCAAUCCAGCUCGAUGUCAAGCUGCCUGUGGCCGGCAACGGGCUCGUUCAGUCGGACACCAUCAAAGGUACGUCGGUGUCUGAGCGGGCAGACGGGCGCGGGAGAAGGAGAAGAAAGGGCAGGUGUGUGUGCGUGUUGUCACCGUGUGUGUUGUGUGUGUGUUAACUGCAGUUGUGGAGGAGCCGCGUGACGACGACCCUUUGGGUGAGGGGCUGGACAAGAGCGGGGAGGCCUACGACCUCGCUCCGGUGCCAUCAGACCAGUUCGGCGUAGAGGACGUUGAGGUAACGAACGACCAGACACCCCGCACACGACACAGCAAACACACCAUCAUCACCCUCCCAUCAGUGUGUCCGUCUGCUUCUCUCUCUCGUCCAUUUGUCAGUGGAGGAGUCGCAACCAGUUGCGUGCGCAGCAGCUGGCGGCCAUGGCCCCCGGGCAGGUCAUCCACGCGCGGCGCGUCAUCAACGACGAGAUAUGCGACGACUAUGAUGAGGAGGACCAGCACGAGGCGCACCCAGAGUGGGACACCGACGAGCCCAACGAGGGAGGGGGCGAGUGGGGGGAGGGGGAGGGCGAGGGGAUGGGGGAGGGCGAGGGGAUGGGGAUGGGGGAGGGGGCGGGGGCGGGAGAGGGCGAGUACUUGCCCGACCCAUCGCAACACCCAUAUGGCGUGCCCGAGGCUGAGUAUGUGAGUGCGCCGCCAAAUGGCCAUGGAGAGUGAAAGAGUGUGACUAAAGGACGGCCGCUGGCUCCCUCGUCGCGUGCAGUGGGCCAUUUUUUGGGGGCACGGGUAGAGUAGAUGGAGGGACGGAGGGGUGGAGGGGCGUCCGUGUGUGUGUGUCUGUGUGCGUGUGGUAUUGCGUGUCGCAUGUGGGAGAACACAGCUUUUGAAUAAAGAGGGAGGGAGGGAGGGAGGGGUGUGCAUAUAACAAACAUAAAAGACACACGCGUCCACAUACAUCUGUGCAGAUCAGAUUCGAUUGUUACCCUCUCGGCCUUCCUUGACGUGAUAUUUGUUUCCGUGACUUGCUUGCGUCCUUUCCUUCACCUGUCUGGCAGCCACGCAAUGCACCACGCUCCAACAGCAGCAUGGUGCAUUGCGUCGCCGGCAGUCGGGCGAAGGAGGGGACACGUGCAAGACGGCGAAUGGAGAUGAACAAACAGACAGACAGACAGACAGACACACACACAGACACUCAGAGCUGGCUUGAACUCUCUCUCUCUGUGUUGUGUUGUUGGUCUUGAUCGUCCAUGGCUGCUUUCGCGCCUCCAUGCAGGAGUGUCUGCGCUUCUGACUGGAGUUACGGAAGUCGCCCUGGAUUCUCAGGUCUGCAACACACGUGCAGGAAGCGAGAAAUGGUAUGGCCCAUUUUUUGUACUUUCUGCGAUUCUCUCUGCUGCACGUCCCUCCCUCCCUCCCUCCCUCCCUCUCUCCCUGCCGUGUUCAUGGCGAUGAUACCUACAUACCGACCCACCCCGAUUCCCUCCCUCCUCUCACUGUGCAGUCCACACCAUCAGUCAGUCAACUCAUGGCUUCCCUCCCUCUCUCUCUCUCUCUGUCUGCCUUCCAUUUCAUUGCAUUCCAUUCCAUUGUACGGUGCGUGACAGACCUGUGAGUGACCUACACACGAUAUGUGAAGACGACAAGAACGAUCACACACAGACAGACACACGGAACGCGUGGACGUCUGGCUGUCUGCGUGUGUCUGUCUGUGUGUGUGUGUGUGGUUUUGUGUUGGUACGUGUCCGUCCCUCGGGUGUAAAGCUGUCUUGUGUGUUGCUGCUAGCUCUGACCGAGAGGGGCAUGUGUGGAGGGGAGGGGUGUGGGGUCCAUUCCUGUGUGCGAGCGGAC